GACGCCAUGGCAAGAACCAAGCAGACUGCCCGUAAAUCUACUGGGGGCAAGGCCCCGAGGAAGCAACUGGCGACUAAGGCUGCACGCAAGAGCGCCCCGGCUACCGGCGGCGUGAAGAAACCUCACCGUUAUAGGCCCGGCACCGUGGCUCUGCGGGAGAUCCGCCGUUACCAAAAAUCAACAGAACUGUUGAUCCGUAAGUUGCCUUUCCAGCGCCUGGUGCGUGAGAUCGCUCAGGACUUCAAGACUGAUCUCCGCUUCCAGAGCUCUGCCGUCAUGGCUCUGCAGGAGGCCAGUGAGGCGUAUCUAGUGGGUCUGUUUGAGGACACUAAUCUGUGCGCCAUUCACGCCAAAAGAGUCACCAUCAUGCCCAAGGAUAUCCAGCUGGCCCGCCGUAUCCGCGGAGAGCGCGCUUAAAUUAAGCGGAGUGCAUCCAG